ACGACCCUGCGGACGCCACACGGCUGUGAACUUGUCGACGGCGGUCAAACGUCAAGCGUCAGCUGCACUUUUCCCGACUUCACGUGGAGCCGUGUGACUCUUCUCCCAGAUCUGUUUGAGCGUGACUCAACGUUCUCUAAAACUAUCUGUGGGUGAAGAUAACGAGGAGCCAAAGUUUUCCAAAAUGGAGACACUUUCCCAGGAUUCCAUUCUGGAGUGCCAGAUCUGCUUUAACUACUACAGCCCCCGGCGGCGGCCCAAACUCCUGGAUUGCCGACACACGUGCUGCUCGGUGUGUUUGACCCAGAUGCGCAGCACCCAGAAGGAGAUUCGUUGUCCUUGGUGUCGCGGCGUCACCAAGCUGCCACCGGGGCUGUCCGUCUCCCAGCUCCCAGACGACCCGGACAUCAUCACGGUCAUAGCCAUCCCUCAUGCCUCGGAGCACACGCCCGUCUUCAUCCGCCUCCCCAGCAACGGCUGUUACAUGCUGCCCCUGCCUCUCGCCAAGGAGCGGGCGCUCGGCCUGCCGGGGGAGCUGGGCUGUCGCUUCCUGCCCGGCGGCCAACAGAAGGGGGUCACGGUGGUGACCAUGCCGGAGCAGCAGCCUUUGGGCCUGGCUAUGGGUCUCGAGGCUGUGGGGCUGGAGGGCGGCGACGUGGAGAGGAGAGUCACCGGCCCGGUGGGAGGAGCGGGGAAGGGCUCCACGUGGUCCGGCGUGUGCACGGUAAUCCUGGUGGCCUGCGUGCUGCUCUUCCUCCUGGGCAUCGUGCUGCACAACAUGUCCUGCAUCUCCAAACGUUUCACGGUCAUCUCCUGCGGCUGAGGGCGGCGGGGGGAGGCCGCUCGGACUGUCGCAGGACCCCAAACACCCCCCUCACCCACCCUGGAUUCCCCCACCGGCUGUGCGUCUCCUCAGGGCGGGAGACCGGAAUAAACUCACUUCACGGGCGUCCGAGGAAACAACAGAGCGAAGCAGAGCGACUCAGAUGAAGAGGAGGAUCAGAGACAAAAGUGGAAAUACACAAACAAACUUUUUUCCCCCGUGUUUCCAUUUUGAAAGAACUCGAGGAUUUCACUUCAAACAUGGUCAGGUGACCGGCUUCUCUUCUAGGCGAUUGGUUUUGUCGGACACAGUUGGAUUGCCUGUUUAGUUCGUGGUCUGUAGAAGUACGUCAGUCGUCGUCGUGUUGUUUAGAUGAGUGUAGGUUCUGAGCUGGUGCUGCAGAACAGAGAGUCCGGACUUGGCCGUUCUCCGCCAACCCCACCCCCCCUCACACCCCCUCCCCCGAUGCUGCAGGAACAAACUGGGCGGGAUCCACAUUUGGCCCCAACUGAUAAAAACUCUGAAUCACUGAAAAGACAGAAAAACAAAUCGACACAGCUUCUUACUUUCUCUGUUUGUUUCACACACACAAGCUGUUUCUGCUCAGAGCUGCGAUGAUUCCAUGGACAGUUGGAAACGGGGACGUCAAAAAAAUACAAGGGAUUGUGGGUCGUAAUGUUGGUUAGUGCCCACGUGUCAUCAAAACACAGCUGACUGUUUGAAAUAUGUGAUGUUGGUUGGUUGGAAAAUGACCGAUAACCUGCAGCGGUCACCUUUUUUUAAAAAGAAAUGUUCGACAUUUGUCUAAAUCUGCAUCUAAAAAAAACACCUUUACAAUUUUAAGGGUUCAAAAAUAAAAUAAUGUGCACACUUCACCACCAGAUGUCACUAAAUUCUACACACUGGACCCUUUAAAAUCAAAACAAAGCCAAACUCGAUACCGACAGAAAAGAAAAACGUUCUUGCUUUUAGUUUUUAAGUUUUGUCGUACUUCUUCACUCCGUCUGCUGUGAUUUCCCACGAUUUCGUAAAUUUCCCGCUGACCCCUUUCACACCGGUCGUCCUCUGAAGCCUCCGUCAGCCGCCCACACGCCAUCAUCAUCUCUACGCCUCCCUUCAUUUAGAACUCUGGAGGAUGUAUGGGCUCAACGAGGGAUGGUUUGUGUUGGUGUGUGCGAGUAGCGGGUCAGCGGCGGGUGAGGAGUGGGCGGGCGCUGCAGUUAACGACGGACAUAUCGAUUGAUCUGGUUUUGAACCUCUCGAUGCAGAGGUGGACGUCUCGCUUGGUUUUUUUCACUCUCUUGUGUCGACCAGCACUUUGUUUACAGCCUGGUUGUACAGCAGCAACAAACAGGGUGAACUCUUUUGUACAGCGGCCUCGUCGUGCACAGGACGAUUGUAAUUUCCUCUGAUCAUUUUGUCUUUUCGUUUGACGCGUGUCCUCUGAUGUGAGAUCGGGGGAGCACGCUGUGUGUUGUUCGGUGUCUUCAGGGCGUCGCCAUUGACACGCCGGUGACGCCGCACGAGGAAAGAAAGUUAAAAAGUGUUUCAGUAAACUGCACCAAAUACAACGUUAUAAAUAAACACACACACUUGUUCUUUCAAAAACUUUUCUUCUCUUUUUGAUUUCGUUCUGCUCGUUUUUCAUCCAUGAGCAAAGUUUCACCUCCUUAUAACGUUUUUUCUCUCAAACAUAUUAUUUUUGAACGAGUCAUUUUAGUUUAUUGUGAUUUCAUUCGACAUCUCGUGACGUUUUCACACCUGAGAGUCUGAACCGGCCUCGUGUCUUUGUUCCAUAGAUUCUUUUUAAUCUGGUCAGUUUUGGUUUCACGUUGUAAUUUAGGGACCGAAACGUUCUUCUCUACCAAACUAGAUGUGAAAGAGUCACAAGACACAAGGUUUGAUGAGAUUAAGAACACACAUCGAUCCCGCACAUGAAUUUUAAAAAGGCGUUUGAGCCACAACAGUGUUCUGCAGCUGCAGCUGGUGAAGCUCAGCCGCUGCUGUUGCUAUGAGACUACGUCGAGAGCCCUUUUGAAGUUGGGCGCUCCGUUGCUGAAAGUUGAAAUAUUUUUAGCUCCCGGCGCAGCGAGCUCGGAAAAAAACAUGAUUUCUCAGCAAUUGAGGUUGAAGUGUUUUUGUCUUCCAGCUCGUUUUCACCCAAUGUAACUCGGAGAUAAAGGAAAUUCUAUAAAAAAUAAAAGAUUCAUGAAUCAUUUUUUUUUGCAUCUCUUGAGGCAGCAUGUCAGUUUUAAUAUUCCUUGUUUUAAACGAUGUCUUUAUUAAUCAUUGAUAAUGUUUUAUAGUUCUAUAAUAAGACAUUUAAGUGUUUUUAGGUUCUCAGGUUGAGUACAUGUCUGGUGGUUAUCAUCUAUCAUGUCAGUUAAAUACAACAAUAAUGAUUGCACUACCUACCUGGCAACCCAGAACAUCAUUAAUGUGAAAUUAUUGAUCUGUAAAGUGUUUUUUUAAUAAGCCAUUAAUUACUACAAACCCCUUAUAAGCAAUACAAACAUUCAAUGAAUGCUUUACAACACUCCAGUGUAUUGUAAUGUAUUGAUUAAUGCUGAGUAUUUGUGUAAAGUUAUAAUAAUAAUUUGACGUUAAGACAUUUUAUCCGUUAUUUGUUCAUCAGCCGCCGAUUAAAAUACUGUUUUAACACAUUUAAAAAUGUGUUUACUUGUGAUUCAACGUCUCUGUUUACAGCGUCUCCACUGACUCAGUGAAUUUAAAGAAAAGGUUGGAAGCUUAAAGAUAAAGUUUCACGAGAGCAGACGGACGCUCAUUGUGACGUCUUCGUGUUAAACUGUGAUCCACUGUGACACUGACUUUAAGGACCAGUUCACCAAAAACAAACUUUUGCUCUCACACAUUAACGUACGAGUCAUUUAUGAGCCUGACAGAUGUUUGGAGACAUCGGCCUGAUGUCUGGAUUCAAUCUGUGAUGCUCAAAACACUGAAAUAUGUUAAAUAAGUGAUUCCACCAUAAAAAACACUGACAGUUUUCACUCCACAACUUUUUACAAGAAAAAUACUCACAGAUAUUUUCUAUAGAAGCAGUUAUUGAAACUGAACAACCAGAAACAAGAAAUCCAUAGAUAUAAGAUAGAAACACAUUUAAAGAUCAGGUCUUUAAACACUUAUUAUUAUAAAUAAAGUCGUCAGAAAAAAAAAAUCCAAACUCACCACAACUAUUUAAACCAGUGUUAACGUCUGUCUCAAUAAACCUGAUUUAAGUCUUAUACCUUCAUGAGUAAGACACUUUAUAUGAUGCAAUAGAUUAUGGGGCUGAUAUAUGGGGCUAUAAUCUUAUAUUGUUUGUAUUUGUGUGAUUUUACCGUUAAAUUAAAAGCAAAUGCUGUAAAAGUCUGUAAUGCACCAAAGGAAUCAAAGGAUAAAGCUGAUUUUGUUUGUGCAACUUUAAACAAACUGAAAGUUUAAAGGUUGAUGUUCGACCUCCCGCCACAACCUCUUCAUCCUUUGAGUCGCCACAUCUGUAAACCUCUGUUACGGUUGUUUUAUAAAUUUAGAAACUGUCCUGUUGGAAUUUUUUACAGAAUCUUAAUGAUGAAGAAGAAGAGGAAGAAGAAAGGGGAGAGGAGGUAGAACGGGGGGUUUGUCAUUUCUGUGCCUGUGUGUUUGUAAAGCUGUCAACUUCCUGUGGUAGUUUCCUGCUCACGUCGGGUCCGACGACUCGAGCAGCUGUUUUUGACGAACUAUUAAAUCAAACUG